AUGGCUGACUUCACAGUUGACGCCACAGCUAAUCGAAAAAAACGAUCUAGUAAUUUUUCCGAUGUAGAAAAGGCCGCAAUAAGGGAAGGUUUCGUCGGCUGUGGCGAUCUUUUAGGGAAAAAAAUUGCAAACAAAGUCGGGGGAAACACCAAAGUACAGCAGGACAAUGCUUGGAUGAAAAUUACACAAGCAGUUAAUGCUGUCGGCCGUGCAUUUCGCACGGUCGAUGAGGUUAAAGAAAAACAUCGAAAGAUGGUGAGCUGUGCCAAGGCUGUCGUUGCCAAAGAAAAUGCCAACGCCAGGCAGACGGGUGGGGGUAAGCCGAUGCCUAUCCCGGAUGACACCACUUUGGCAAUAAUACAGGAUAUGAAGGGGACGCCUGCCUUCAGCGGCAUUCCCGGGUCAUCAGCAUCGGAGUCGGCAAUAGCGACUGCGUGCCCAGAAGCAACCGGCACGGCACCUUCGGAGCAUGCAAACAGCAUGGACCUAGAUCUAUCUGCCACAGAAUCUGACAGCACCAAACCUGGACAGGCUCAGCCAGUUAAGUCUACCCACAGUGGUCCUUCAUAUCCUGAUAUAGCUACUGCGGCAAGUGGAGAACUUGAAGCAAAGUGGAAAUGGUCGAUAUUGAAAGACACAUGGACUGACUGCCAUAUGUUCAACUUUCCCUCAAGAAGCAUCCAUGGGAAAAUGAGAAAGCUGUCAUCAAGCUGGUUGACAGACCACCCCUGGCUCAGAUACUCGAUUUCUACAGAUGCCUUAUUCUGCGCCCCCUGUUUCGUAUUUGGACGGAAAGAUGCGAAGGAGAAAACUUUCAUCAGUACACCAGUGAAGGAUUGGUCCAACCUAGCCAAGUACGUCAAGAGGCACGAAUUAGCAGAGUCAAACCAUCACAAUGUUACAGCUAUGGCGGAACAUUUUCUUGAUAUACAAUCAGGUAAGAUGGAACCCAUCACAAGUUCUGUAUCGGACAGUCACAGACGCCUAGUGGAGCAGAACCGCCAUAUUCUCAGGAAAAUUAUAGAAGUUAUCGUCCUUUGUGGUAAGCAAAAUAUCGCUAUCAGAGGUAAUACAGAAGAACGAAGCAAUUUUUUAGCCAUACUGCAUUCAAAGGCAGCAGAUGACCCUAUCCUAGCACAGCAUCUAAAUGUUCCAGAAAAUCGUAGGGCAACAUACACAUCGCCCGACAUACAGAAUGAACUGAUCUGUUUGUGUGCUGAGCAGAUACAGAUCGAAAUUGUGCAGGCAUGCAAUGAUGCAGUCUGUUUCGCUCUUAUAGCCGAUGAGUCGACCGACAAGUCAACAAAAGAACAGGUGUCCGUGUGUCUGCGAUUUGUCCAACGUGGAAGCGGUUCCCAGCAAUUUAGAGUCCGUGAAGAUUUUCUUGGAUUUGUUCAAGCAAGUAGAACAACUGGCGAGGUACUUGCAGAACUACUCUUGACCUCUCUUGAAAAUCAUGGAAUCGAAGUAGAUAAGAUGCGGUCUCAGGCUUAUGAUGGUGCCGCAAAUAUGUCUGGAAAGCACAGGGGCGUACAGGCACGAAUUCGUCAACGGGUGCCGUCUGCGCUGUAUGUACACUGUAGAGCCCACUGCCUCAACCUAGCAGUUAUGCAUAGCAGCAAGGACCCAUGCAUAAGGUCAGUGAUGACAACUGUGCAAGAGGUAGGGUUUGCAUUUGAUUAUUCGGCCAAAAGACUAAACUUCUUUGUUGAUGAACUUGCUGCUGACCAAGACGCACAGGAAAAGCUGAAGAAACGCACCAAACUGAGAACUCUGUGUGAAACUAGGUGGACUAGCCGAGCCGAUGCCCUCUCAACGUUCAAGUCAGCAUACAGCGUUGUUGUUCAUGCCCUUGAACAGCUACAGGAGGAUGGCGAUGACAAGGCAGGCCAACACUUGGCGUCGAUCAUGAAGUUUGACUUCAUAAUCGGACUGGUCGUUGCUGAGCACGUUAUGCAAAGUACAGUUCCGUUGUCUUAUCUUCUUCAGGCAGUCGACUGCGAUUUGCUUGAGGCAACGCGAGAAAGUCAAACCCUCAUCCGCCAGUUUCAAAACGAAAGGGCAGACCCUAAUGUCUGGGAAGCAUUGUUUCAGAGCGCUAAAGAUAUUGCAGCAGAAUUUGAGAUUGAACCUUCAAUGCCCCGUCUUGCUCAACGCCAACGAAACCGGGCAAACCCACCGGCCAAUGAUCCACAACAGUAUUGGCAGCGAGCUCUCUACUUCCCUUUCUUGGACCAUUUGUGUCAAGAACUUAGCGACAGAUUGAUUGUGGCCGAGGAAAGAUUCCGUGCACAGUACUUGAUUCCAUCCAAGUUGAACCUUUGCACAGACGGAAUGGUGGAUCUCAUUUUUGCGGGGUAUUCGGUGGACCUACCUCAGGGAAACCAGUCAUUCCAUAACGAGGUUAGGCGGUGGAAGGCUAGAUGGCAAUUGAUGGAUGAAAAUGACAAACCAAGCACAUUGUGUGAAACUGUAGCAUCAACCAAUCCGGAUCUUUACAAGGGAGUUUAUACAGUACUCACCAUUCUUCUGACCAUGCCGGCAUCAUCUGCUACUGCUGAACGGAGCUUUAGCGUUAUGCGCAGGGUGAAAACCUACCUGAGGUCGACGAUGCGGACAGAGCGCAUGACAGGACUUGCCCUGAUGCACGUAUAUCGGGAUGUUAACAUUGACAUUGACCAGGUAGUGUCUAAAUUCGCUGGAAUUGCCGUGAACAGGCAGGACGAACCUCAAAAAGACCCGUUCAACCUGCUAGGUUUCGAUGCAUUGACUGGUAGUCCAUCCAGGACUUGGAGCAUGUUUGAGGUGGCAUGUAGUUCGGGCGAGGCAGACUUGGAUGACAUAGAGGGUACUGAGACGAAGGUUGACAUCCGAGAAGACACUAAGGAUAUGCCUUUCUGCGAUAUGUUUGCCAAUUCCUGUACAAAAGAACCAAGUAGCACGGGGAAAAGGAAAGCUGGCCCAAAUGUGGAAUUCAAGACAAAGUCAAAGAUUAUUCACCACUAUGAACUGUGUGAUAUUUCUUCAAAUGUUUUAAACAGGAAACCAAGAACCUUAAAGGAAGUGCAGACAACAUAUUAUGUUGAAGCCACAGCUGCCAAGAAGUCAGAGAAGAAGUUCUUUGAUGCGGCAACAACUGUGCUGACUUUACUAAGCGAGAAAUAUCUGUAA